AUGGAUAAAAGCUCGUGGGAGACUCGAGCAGCAGCCAAGCGCGCCGCCACUCUAGACAAGAUCCCUUCAGAAUGGAGAUUAUCCUCUGAGGACAUCGAACGAGCUCAAAGCCAACGCGACAUCACAGGACCUUUUAUUGAGCAGUUCCUUGACGAAGAAACAGUUUCUAUCACAUCAUUAAAGACUGUUGAGAUUUUAAAUGCUGUAUCGGAACGAGAACUCACAGCCACCAAGGUAGUGAGGGCAUUUUGUCAACGAGCGGCAGUCGCUCAUCAGAUCAAUAAUUGUCUUCAGGAAAUCUUCUUUGAUCAAGCAUUGGAACGCGCCCAGUUCCUGGACGAUUACUUUACUAAACAUGGAAAGACGCUCGGACCACUUCAUGGUCUGCCUGUCAGUCUCAAAGACCAAUUCCACGUGAAAGGUGUCGAUACAACAAUGGGUUACGUUGGUUGGAUAGACGGCAAUCUAGGUAUUGACUCUGAUAAGUCUCACACGAUAGAAAGCCAGAUCGUCAGCGAGCUACUCUCCCUUGGAGCCGUGCUAUACUGCAAGACAAGCCUACCCCAAACCCUUCUCUUCGGCGAGACAAAAAACAACAUCAUCGGCCAGACCCUAAACCCAAUAAAUCAGAACUUGUCUUGCGGUGGCUCGUCAGGUGGUGAAGCAGCGCUGAUGGCAUUGGGCGGAAGUUCAAUUGGCGUAGGGACAGAUAUCGGUGGGUCGCUGCGAAUACCAGCUGGUUUUUGCGGAAUCUUUUCGAUAAAGCCGACGUCAAAUCGACUAAGCUAUCGGGACGUUGCGAAUACGAAUCCCGGGCAGGAUACAUAUCGGUCUACGAUUGGAUUUAUGGGCACGUCGAUUGAUGCACUGGAGAUGGUGUUUGAGGCUGUUCUUAUGACGGAACCCUGGAUGAAAGACCCAGCUGUUAUACCGAUUCCGUUUCGAAAAGACGUCACCGAGUCGUAUCGGAGACGAGCGGAUGAGAAAGGAAAUGCCAAGUUUGGGGAGAGGCCACUGAAAAUGGGCGUGCUUUGGUGUGAUGGGAUGGUCGGACUACAUCCGCCUGUUCUUCGUGGGCUGGAGGUAGUGGUUGAGGCGCUGAAGAAGGCUGGACACAAGAUUGUUGACUGGAAGCCACCGUCGCAUGAAACGGCAACAAACAUUCACGCAAGGUUUCUCAGCGCAGACGGAGCGCACGACAUCCACCAACACCUCAAACGAUCCGGCGAACCUCUAAUCCAAGACUUGCAAGACGGCCUCAAUCUGAAAACGCCAAUAGAAUUACUCAAGUAUCAAGAUCUUACCAUCCAAGGUCUUGAGUACGAGCGGCAGUAUUCCGAUUACUGGAACUCCACCGCUGAAUCGGAUGGUCAAAUCGUAGACGCUGUUCUCAUGCCUGUAGCGCCUCAUGCAGCUGUGAUACCUGGAAAGUUCUACCACGGAGCCUAUACUGAUGCGAUGAACUUGACCAAUUACACGGCCGUUAUCAUUCCUACGAUUAGAGCAGAUACGAGAGUUGAUGUUUUUGAUGAGGGGUAUGAACCGCUGGGUGAGACGGAUAGGAAGAAUUGGCAAGCUUACGACGCAGAUUUGUAUGACGGCGCUCCAGUAGGCGUCCAAAUCGUAGGCCGAAAGUUCGAAGAAGAGAAAUGCCUAGCGAUAGCUCGAAUAGUCCACACCGUCGUCCAGAGCGCAGCGUAG